GACAAACCAUUCAGCUGUGAGAAAUGUGGACAAAGAUUUAGUCAGAAGACAAGCUUAAACCUACACAUGAGAAUUCACUCAGGAGACAAACCAUUCAACUGUGAUGAAUGUGGACAAAGAUUUAGUCGCAAGACAAACUUAAACCAACACAUGAGAAUCCACACAGGAGACAAGCCAUUCUUCUGUGAGGAAUGUGGACAAAGAUUUAGUGACAAGUCAAGCUUAAAACAACACAUGAGAAUCCACACAGGAGACAAGCCAUUCUUCUGUGAGGAAUGUGGACAAAGAUUUAGUCGCAAGACACACUUAAACCAACACAUGAGAAUCCACACAGGAGACAAACCAUUCUUCUGUGAGAGAUGUGGACAAAGAUUUAGUCACAAGACAAGCUUAUACCAACACAUGAGAAUCCACACAGGAGAAAAACCAUUCGUCUGUGAGAAAUGUGGACAAAGAUUUAGUCAGAAGACAAGCUUAUACCGACACAUAAAAAUCCACACAGGAGACAAACCAUUCUUCUGUGAGGAAUGUGGACAAAGAUUUACUCAUAAGACAAACUUAAACCGACACAUGAAAAUCCACACAGGAGACAAACCAUUCAACUGUGAUGAAUGUGGACAAAGAUUUAGUCGCAAGACAAGCUUAGACAUACACAUGAGAAUCCACACAGGAGACAAACCUUUCAGAUGUGAUGAAUGUGGACAAAGAUUUAGUCGUAAGACCAGCUUAAGCCAACACAUGAGAAUCCACACAGGAGACAAACCAUUCAACUGUGAUGAAUGUGGACAAAGAUUUAGUCGCAAGACAAGCUUAGACAUACACAUGAGAAUCCACACAGGAGACAAACCAUUCAACUGUGAUGAAUGUGGACAAAGAUUUACUCAAAACACACACUUAAACCUACACAUGAGAAUUCACACAGGAGACAAACCAUUCAACUGUGAUGAAUGUGGACAAAGAUUUAGUCGCAAGACAAACUUAAACCAACACAUGAGAAUCCACACAGGAGACAAACCAUUCAGCUGUGAUGAAUGUGGACAAAGAUUUAAUCACAAGUCACACUUAAACCAACACAUGAGAAUCCACACAGGUCAGAGACCUUUUCCCUGUGAGGUGUGUGGUGAAUUAUUUAGGUGGCCUGUCUCUUUAAAAAGACACAUAUGUCCAUGCAACAUAGAAACGGCACUUUGAGAAUGUUUUCUAAAAUUUGAAGUGUGUUAUGAAUAAAUUAUUAUUAUUAUUAUUAUUAUUAUUAU